UUGAAACCGUUUCUGCAUACGGUCUGUCCCUUGCGCUGUAGGGUCUGUUUUCACAGUUGUUGAAACUUUCACUCGCUAUCAUGUCUUUGACGUUGUUCUUUGUGGUUGCCAUCAGCGUCUCUGCUGUGUCCAGUUUGGAAACAUGUUGGGUGUGUGACAGUGCAGUUUCUGGCUACAGCGAUUGCCUAGGCAACAGUCAGGAUACAUCGGCAUUGCUUGCUAAUCAUCCAACUUGGACCGAUUCAUGUGACAAUGGAUGCGCGAAAGCGAAGUUUCAAGACAACGGCCAGAUAUUCAGAGGUUGUUUCGUUGGAAACGAAAUCGGGAAAGAACUUUGCAAAACUCCUGAAGGUGUUUGCGCUAGCGACGACAACUCAGGACGUCGAUUCUGCCUUCAUUGCUGCCAUGGCAACAAGUGCAACGGUGCAGGUACUCUCACGAUGAGUCUGGCUGCGGCUAUGACUACGAUCCUGGCUGCGAUUGUUCUCAAGGCUUAGAUGAUGGUUACGGCUGCAACACCAAUAUGGAGUCAGCCGAUGCCAUGAUUGUCAUCACGUCGGUAAUCCUCGCAUACCUUGGAGCCUGUUAUUUCAAUCAGUUUCGACCGAACGUUUCAUCUUGGCAUCAUUUAUACAGGAUUCAGAGGUUCUCACCGGCUUCCAUUCACAAUAGGAUGCGAGUUUAUUGAGUUUUUUUCAGUCUGAUAAAUAGAUUGUGUAAUAUUAAGCAAGAAAAUGUAUAUAUAGCAAUUACCAUAAAGUCUUAUAACAAUAACGGGAUACAAAUCAAAGAAACGCUUGCCUGAAUGCUCAAAGGACUUCACAGAUGAACUGAACAAUUUUUACUGUAGAUUUGAUAUUCGCGAUUUUACUGCAGAGAACACUUUAUUGGACAAUUCAUUAGCAAAUGUUUCACUAACUGACAAUGUUACCAUUAAUGAAGCUGAUGUUAGGAAUGUCUUCUCAGGUCUGAAGUUAAAUAAAGCUGUUGGACCUGAUGGUAUUAGUAACAGAAUUUUAAAGUCAUGUAGCCAUCAACUUGCCAAUGUACUCACAUCAAUUUUUCAAAUGACAUUAGAUGAAGGUUCUAUCCCCAAAAAUUGGAAAAUGUCAAUGAUAGUCCCAGUGCCAAAGCAAAAGAAGGCUACUGUGUUAAAUGAUUAUCGUCCGAUUGCAUUAACAUCCAAUAUCAUGAAAUGCUUGGAAAGAUUGAUCACAAGGUUUCUCACUAGCCAGGCUAGCUCAUUUCUUGAUAAUCUUCAAUUUGCAUACAGGCAAAGUAGGGGAGUUGACGAUGCAGUGCUUGUCUAUCUUCACAAACUUUACAAUCACCUGGACUCACCCCGAACAUACGUCAGGUCUCUGUUUAUUGAUUUUACCAGUGCUUUUAACACAAUACAACCUCAUAUCCUUGCGCAGAAAUUAUUACCAAUGAAUAUCUUAUGGAA